CCCUCAUUCACUUCAGCCUGAUACACCUCCCAACCCGAACUUACAAGCUUUUCCUGGCUUGACCUAUUCACUUACCAUAUAUUUGUGACUCAAGUUGUUUAAUCACUUAGCCGUCACGAUGAGUCAACCCAACCCCUACAUUCUCGCCGCCGAAAAGCCCUCCGCCCUUUUGACGCUAUUGCGCGCGAAUCCCUCCAUCGCCUCCGGUCAAGAUGAGCACGGUUACUCAUUACUCCAUGCUGCGGCUUCCUACGGACACAUCGAGCUCCUGCGCGCCCUGGUGAAAGAGUUCAACGUGGACGUCAACCUUCUCGACGAAGAUGGCGAGACUUGCCUGUUCGUCACGGAGAGCGUUGAGAUUGCGAAGUGUCUUAUCGAAGAACUCGGGGUCGAUUAUAACAAGAGAAAUGAUGAGGGCCUAGCCGCCUACGAGACCAUUGAGAAUGAUGACUCGUUCCCUGAAGUUGCGGCCUACCUGCGGCAAGUAGCCGGUGUACCAGCCCCCGCCCCUGCAGAUUCGUCGGCGGACGCAGCCCUGAACCAACCCCCGCCUUUGCCUGCGAACCUGCAGCUGAAUUUGGGCACAGUGUCGGAGCAAGAGGCCAACGCAGGGCUCGACCAGGUGGAUCCCGAGUUCAAACGCCGGAUCGAUGAGCUGGCCGCGCGGGAAGACUUCCACAGUGAAGCCACGCAAAAUGAACUGCGGCAGCUGGUGAUGGACGCCCUUCGGGGCUCUAGCAUUGACACUGACGAGCGGAGUGUGCGUCAGAGGACGGAUUAAGAGGUCUCAGCACACGAUCAAAUAAACAAUGUGGCUUGUCGAACAGCUCUCACUUGUCUCCUCGGAGUCCAGUCAAACGAAUUGGACGGGUCGGAGCAGCUUGUGAGAUAUUCAGCGCUCGAUCUUGAACAAUUAUUGACCUCAACCUUUUUCAACGCUUCGAAGGGUAGCAUUGCGCCGCUGUCUCUAACAAGGGAACCAGGAAGUAAGCCUACUUCCAGGUUCCUUGAGAGAUAGCAGUUUUGUGUCGACGAGAGGUUCAAAUCAGGCUUUGAUGAAAUGCGCUCGUAUCACCAGGCUAUAUACCCCGCUUGAGAAGUGGCAGCUAUGAGGGCCAUAUUCUACAAUAAUUGGACGAUAUCGUGCGC